AUGAAAAAGUUUCAUAACUUCCUCGCUAAAAGAAUUAAACAAGCACAAAAACUGCCUCUGUUGAGGACUGACAAUGGGAAUUUGAUCAAAACCGAUCUCGAAAAAGCUAACGCACUUGCUGAACUCUUCGCUUCUAACUACUCAUUAAAACUGAAUGAAAGAAGUCAUAAUCUUCCAUUGCCAACUACUGAUUCCUCUGUCACUCAUGUUCCUCAAAGGUCCUUCGACUUUGUCAUCUAUCCAAAUGAAGUCCUUACCGUUCUGAAACGUUUAAAUCCUUCGUUUUCGUGUCCCUACCAUGGUAUUCCCCAGAUAUUUUACCAAAAAUGUGCAGAUGUUUUGUAUCUCCCUCUUGCUCAUAUUUUUAAAGCGUUGCUUAUCUUUAGUGAAGUUCCUAACAUUUGGAAAGAGGCACUUAUUACCGCAAUACCCAAAAAAAGCAAUUCUAACGCUCUCUCGAACUUUCGCCCCAUAAGUAUUGUAUCCUCCGCAAGCAAAGUUUUGGAAAAGAUAAUCAAAGAAAAACUAAACGAGUGGCUAUCAUCAAGAGAUGUCAUUCCUUUCGAACAACAUGGCUUCCAAUCUGGAUCCUUCACUACUUCACCACUGUCCGAUUCGGUCUAUGAUUGGAUGACUGAGGUAAACAAAGGGAAGUCAGUUGAUGCAAUAUUAUUCGACCUGUCUAAAGCGUUUGGCAUGGUAAACCAUAAAAAGCUUCUCUUCAAACUCGAAAACUAUGGAGUUCGCGGACAGUUGCUCAGUUGGUUGAAAUCGUAUCUUCAAGAACGACACAUGACUGUAAAGGUCCAUAUAUAA